GCAUCGCUGGUUGCUGGGCCAACAUUUAUUACCCAUCCCCAGUUGCCUGUCAGAUGACGGUGGCGAGCUGCCUUCUUCAACCACAGCAGUCCACAUGCUAUAGAUCGACUCACAAUGCUGCUGGCGAGGGAGUUCCAGGACUUUGGUCCAGUGACACUGAAGGAAUGCCAAUUUAUUUCUAAGUCAGGAUGCGAAGAGAAAUCAGAGGACCACGAGCAGGCUGGGCAAAGGGAGAAGCUGCUGAAAGUGAAGAAACAUAAGAAAAAGGAGGAGCGAGAUGACGAGAAGCAUCGAGAAGCCCAGCCAACAGAAGCUCUGGUCCCGGAGCCAGCAGAUGGGAGCAAAGUCGAGACAGCAGAGCACGAGGGAGCUGUCGCGGCCACCCCUUCCACUCCAAAGCCAAGGCGCUCUCUGAUCAGAGACCGGGGCCCACUGUAUGAUGACCCAACGCUUCCUGAGGGCUGGACGCGGAAGUUAAAGCAGAGGAAAUCGGGCCGAUCAGCGGGAAAGUACGACGUGUACAUUAUCAACCCACAAGGAAAGGCAUUCCGUUCCAAAGUGGAGCUCCUGGCGCACUUUGAGAAAGUCGGAGAUACCACCCUCGACCCCAGCGACUUUGACUUCACGGUUACAGGCCGAGGGAGCCCCUCAAGAAGAGAGAAGAAACCGCCUAAAAAGCCAAAGAGCCCCAAGUCAACUGGUACCGGAAGAGGCCGGGGCAGGCCCAAAGGGAGUGGCAAAGACAAGAGGGUGCAGAAAGGCGGCCCGUCGAAGAGGCUGUCAGACAAAAGCGCGGCAAAGCUCCUGGUUAAAAUGCCUUUCUCGGCUCCCCUGUUGCAGAAGGCCGAAGGAGCCACGUCUUCCACGGAGCAACUUCCGAAGGUGCGGAAAGGCGGGCCUGGCAGGAAGAGGAAGUCUGAGGUUGAGCCCCAGGCUGUUCCAAAGAAGAGGGGCCGAAAGCCUGGCGGGAGCAUUGUGGCACCGGCCGUCAAAAAGAAAAUCAUCAAGGAGUCUUCCAUCAAGCCUGAAGAAGUGACUGUUUUGCCAAUCAAAAAGAGGAACCUGGGGGAGGAAAGCUCCCCCUUGAAAAAGAGAAAAAGUACCCGCAUCUUCGAGGAGGACACCAGCAUACCGGUGGUGGGGAGCUCGGUGGUGAAGGAAGGCAUCCAGCCUGAACAGUCGGUGACAGAUGGUGGAGAGAAAAGUGGGAAAGGACAGAAAAGCAUUAAAAGUGUAAUUCACAAGGCGAGAGAGGGGAGCCCGAAAGGCAGGAGUAUCAAGAAGGAGCCCCCUCACCCUGCUGACCCCAAGGAUUCGGAGCCGAAGGAGGUGACUGCGCAAGAGGCGGAGAGCUCCAAGGACAGGAGGAGCCCCUCAGAACCCAAAGACUUGAGCGCAAGAGCGUGUAUGGAGGAGAAGCCUCCACGGAGCAGACCUGAGGCCGACCUGCUUCCAAAGGAGCCCUCAAAGACUGAGCUCGCAGAGAAGGGCAAACUGAGAGGUGAGGGUGAUCAGCGGGCUGUCAUCUCGACUGUGCCGAGGCCAAGCAGAGAGGAGGCGGCAGAUACCCGAGCGACUGUCUCGGAGAGAGUUAGCUGACUUUGAUAGGAAGAAGGAAAAAAACAUGAACGAGGCAGCUGUUGUGUCUUUUCCUCCUUUGUGAGUAGGGCUCUAACGAAGGCUUUCCAGAGCAGUGAUGCUGAACCUCAAAGCUUAUAUGGGGCAAGAUUUAAUUUCUAAUUUCUUCCUUGAAGUGUUUGCAUCUGUUAGGUGGUCAAAUGUCAAGUCUGUCUUUGUAUUUUGUUCGACUCUCGGAAAGAUAGUGAGCGAGAGAUCUCCCCUCUUUUCCCUCUAUCCACUUCACUCAUCCUCCUCUUCCUCCUUCCCUGCCACUGUUCUCACUUUAGGAGCAACAAAACGGCAAAAGCUCACCGUGCCUUGUGCAAUAGGGCCACCGUAGAGCCCACCUUCAGUCAGUAGGGUGUCAGAGAUUCCCACUCCAACCCCUCCAAGUUUCUGAGGCCAUCUUGGAACUUUCCAGCCAGAUUUCAGUUGUGUCUAAUGUUGAGCCCAAACCCGCAGAGUUCUGCUUUUCAUUUUUGGGCAGGAUAAUGUUGGUGGGGUUUUGGGGUCGGUGGGGUAGUCAUUGGUACACUGAUGGUCUCAUGCCCUAGAAACGUCCUGUCGCUAACUUCACUCAUUGUCACCUGUGGAUGGUCACUAAGUUACACAACGGACCCGUGUAGGGCAGGGGGCCAACCAGUGCACCCAGUUUCAAGUUGUGCCCGCGUGUUGGCCCAUUUUGUGACACCUUCUGUCUGUUUCUGCAGUGUCCCAGUCAGAGAGGCAACUUGCCCCACUCUCUCUGUUGCUGGUUGGGUCACUGAGUCGUGGGUGGUCCGUGGGGUGAAUGACCUCCAGCCUCCCCCCUCGAGCCAAUCUCAUCCCUCCAGCCUCAGCAGGGGAGACCCUGAAGGUCGAGGGUAUGAGGAGUCACCCUCAGCUGUGUCAAGAAAGGGCUUUUUGCCUCUUAGUAGCAAAGUGAGGGCAUGGGCCAUGGCAGCUUGGGCAAGGUGGAAAAGUCGGUGGCCUAGGGCAGUCUGAACCCCUGUCAGUUUACACCUGCCUGCUCUGCUCCACUACCCCAAGUAAACCCAACUGUCUGCGCACGCACUGGUUUAACCUUCGAUGUUAGUAAGGGUGCAAACCAUGUCCCUGGGUUAUUGAAGCAAAGUGUAUGAUAUGGUGAGACAGACAGACUGGGAUGGGGGAAUGCUGAAAUCAGAAUCACACCAGAGCCCUCUUCUAACCCAGAGCUGAAGGUGCUGCCUGUCAGUGCUGAACCAGGGUGGGGAAAGUGGAAGGAGGAUAAGGAGGAAACCCUAUAUAUUCUUAUUGCCUCCUUGCGAGGAGGGGGAGGGACCCUUACUGUGAACAGUUUAUUCUCUCUCAAUGGGCUAGGAUACAUUCUGUGCUUAUUAAAGGCCGGUGAGCUUUAUGGGGGGGUUUUGGGGAAGAGGGGCAUCCCAUUUAUUUUUCAAC